AUGUGCGCCGCCACGCUGUGGGACGCACGCAGCGGCGCGCAGGUGACGCAGCUUCGGGGACUGCGCAAUGCCGUACGUGCACUGGCGUUCAGCCCCGACGGAGCAUUGCUGGCGACUGCGGUGGCGGAGGGGGCGGUGGUGCUGUGCGGCCGACGGGCGCUGGCCGCACUGGCCGCCGUCAACGGCCACAGCGACCGCGUGGCUUCUGUGUGCUUCAGCCCCAGUGGUGCGCUGGCGCUGACGGGAGGCGACGACAGUACGAUACGGCUAUGGGACGUUGUUCGGCACUCGGAGUUGGUGGCGGUUGAACAGCCAGGAGGUGAGCCCGUGACGGGGCUGGCCUUCAGCGCCGACGGCGCGAUGCUGGCUGCUAGCCUGGGUGACGGCUCUGUGCGUGUGUGGGACACGGGGCGCUGGCGGGAGUUGGGUUGGCUCAGUGCGCAUGGUGCCGCGGCGACUUGUGUGGCGUUCAGCCCUGACGGUGCGGUGCUGCUGUCGGGCGGCGCGGACAACCGCUGCUUGGCCUGGUCCACAAGGGAUGUGCUGCAUCUCGUGUUCUCGUCGACGACGGGAGCGGUGGACGGUGAGGAUCGGGAGUAA